GCUCAUUCUUGACUGAAUUGCCGUGAGUAAGCGUUGGUCUGAAAGGCGAACGCGUGUCGCGAGUCGGAAAAUCGAGACAAAGAUAAAGAAAAGUUCAUUAUCAACUGCAGAAGGAACAACGGAAAAUAAAGCCGCCGAGCAAGUGAAAAUCGAAAGGAAUAUGCCAGCGAGAAGUCCAAUUGGACCGACCCUGCCCUUGAAAGUAAAAAGCAACCCACUGGAAUUCACUGCACGCACAAAACGACAUUAGAACGCAGCAGGAUGUGGAAAGCGUAGUGGCAGCAAGGCAGCGGACAGCAGACAGCACGCAACGAAGGCCGGAAAAUCGGGGAAAUGCCUAGCUAAUUAAUUAGCUAAGUAGGCAGAGAACAGCGGCGAAAAUAGGCGUACCUCCUGAACCAACAAUAAACUCCGAUUUGUUGCAAAAUUUAUACCCAGCCAGGGCUCGAGAUGACAUCAUACGCGAAUGACACCACGACUUCGGCGGCAGCGGCGACAUCAGCUGGCGCAGUGGAGGCAGCAGCCGCAACAGCAGCCGCCGCCGCCCCCCAGUCAGCUGUGGGGGGCGUGGCGGCCACUGCAGCUGCUGAUUCAUCCAAAGUCAAGAGCCGCGACAACUUGUCCAUCGGCCGCACACACUACGGCGACGAGGAUGGCAACAGCAGCGACGGACGCGAAAAGACCGACACAACGCCGGAGAACAUCAAGAAAAUCGCCGAGAUCAUGGACAGUCCGGAUGGCACGACCUCGGCCCACUCGCCCAUCCCCUCGCCCCGCCACGUGCAGCUCAGGAACCCCGUGAAUCCCGGCUUCGUGGGCCUCGGCGCCGCCAUCGACGAGUCCUGCGGCAAGUUCUGCCUUGGCAAGCCGCCACCAUCGCCGGCCGAGAAAGCGGCGGCCCAGAGCAGAGCGAACCCGCAACACGGCACUCCACCCGGCAACAGCCACAGCCACAGCCACAGUAGAAGCCACUCCAACCAUAAACCGGCUGGCGAUGAGGAGGAGAACUCGAGCGAGUCGAAUGCCACCACGAAGGCAUCGCUGGCCUUCACCAUUGAUCAUUUCGAUGCCUCGGAGAACGAUUCUGCGGCUCAGGCGGCGCGCUACAAGAACAUGAUGGAGCGCAUCCAGAGUCGCCACAAGCGCGGUGCUUCCAUGUCCAAGCUGGAGACGGACAAGGACACCACCACGGCCACCUCGACCAGCGGACGGCAGUCGCAGAGGAGCAGCCUGGAUGCGGGCAGCAGCAUGGCGGACGACGUCUCCUCCCUCACGGCGGCCACGCCCAGCAGCGAGCAGGCACCUCCGGUGCAGGUGAAGAUGCGGGUGCGGGACCGCAGUGCCUCGCGGGUGAGAGACGCCUCCAAGCGGCACAGCUGGUCGCCGCGGAGUUCUGCCAAUGCGCCCGAACCAAGUGCGCCUGCCCCGAGGCUCACCAGUCGAUCCAAGCUGCCACCUCCGCCAGCGGCGACCAAGGGAACCUCUAAUCUGGUGGCCAAUCGCACGGCCAAUCAGUUCACACCCCGCUCCACCGCCAUGCAGCUGGCCCUGCGCCAGGUGGAGAUGCUCUGUCCACAGCCGCCUCUAGCGGAUUGCAAGCCACUGGCCGAAAACGACGCUGUCAGCGAGGCGGGCACCUACACCCUCGACGGGGAUAACUACACGGAGGAGCAGAAGGAUCUCAUGAACAUCGAUAGGAACGGAAAGGGGCCGGCUGCCAAGCAGCGACCCAAACAGCUGCCAGUGAAGUCGAGCCGGGGCGGCAAUGUGCUGGAGGUGAACUACUACCAUGAGACGCCGCUGCAGGAGCAGCUACCUCAGCAACUGCCAGCCCAGAGGAGCUCCACAGGUGCCUAUCUGGAUCAACUCAAGAGUCGCGUGCUGCGUCAGCAGGUGCCCCUGUCGCCUCCCACUCCUCCGUCGCCGGCCGCGGACAUGGGCUGCUUCACCAGUGUGACCACCAGCGGAGUGCUGGCCAAGCAGCGGGCCCUGGACACCCAUCCCAAGCUCACGCGCCACUCGCACAGCUUGUCCACCUCGCAGAUCGACAGCUCCGAGUACGUGAGCAACGAGGCUAAACUGAGGCACACGCAGGCCCUGUCCGGAUCGGCCACCGAUCGCCAGAAGGCCGAGUACCGCCUGAAUGUGUUCACCACCAGCACCAAUCAGCAGCACCAGUUGCCGGAGACUCGCACCACGCCCACACAGAGCUCGGAGGCCGCCCUCCUGCAGACGGCGCAGACCAAGCAGGACUGGAUCCAGGAGUGGGCGCGCAAUGCCCGAGCCAGGAGCUUGGCGCAGGAUGUGAGUGGCACCACUGCCAAUCGGCGGAAGCAGCAGCAGCAGGCCCAAGCGCAGGCACAGCAACUGAUGACCCGGAGCUACAACUGCUCGGAUACGGGUGGCGAUUCCCUGACGGAUGACAGCCUAAGUCUGUACAACCAGCAGCAGCGCCAGUACGCGGCGGCAGCCAAACUCAAUCGCAGUCUGGCGGAGCGGUACCGCCUGCUGGGCGACUGUGACUACGCCAGCGAUCCGGCGUUGUGCAGCCACGGCGGCGGAGGCAAUGGGGGACAGGUGCUGGAGCCGGGCUACAAGCCGCCCAAGAGUCCCAGCAAGAUUCCCUCGCCGCUGCACACGCUGGGACGUGCGCGCAGUGCCAGUCGCUCGCGUCCACCCACGGAUGCCUACUUGGAGCACACAGCUGCGGCCAUCAACAACCUGCAGCAGUCGCUUUCACGCAGGAGCUCGGUUAAAUCGCCGGCCCAUAGUAGUCCGCAGCACAGCCUGGAAUCGGGAAUGGGCGCAGGAGCAGGCGGUGGCUAUAGACGAUCUCCGCUCCACCGGGCGCUCAUGACCAGCAGCAUCAACGAGGCGCAGCUGCAGUUGCUCACCAGCGGCGAGUAUCUUCUAAAGCAAUUGCGUCGCCGCAAGAACUCCCUCGAGUACGAUCCUGGCCAGGAAGUAGACCAGGUUGAGCCAGCUGGUGCCCCAUUGUCGCCGCUGCGUCGAUCGAGUAGCUUCCAGCAGCAGCAGGGACAGCAGCCUGUGCGUCAGGCGCGUCCCAAUUUCCAGAACCUCUACACACCGCCCGCUGCCCGCCACGCCCACGCCCUGAGCACCGUUCAGCAGCAGCAGUUGAAGAAGUCCGCCAGCAGCAAUAACUUCGAGCAAGCAUACAGCGACUACGACAACGAGUUGCAGUACUACAUAAACGACGAGGAUGAAAUGGGCACCACCGGGGCCUACUACUCCAGCAACGAGGAGGAGGAGGCCGAGGAGAACCACGAGAGCCAAGGCUCCGUGCCGCUGAGCAACACGCGCAUGAACAAGGCUCUGCUGAUGCGGAUCGAAAGGAGCAAACAAAGGGUGGCCGGAACACAGGCUCCGGCCAAACCCACCUCAGCACCGGCGGGAAAGCUGAGCCUGGUACAAAGUGGAGCUGGUGUGGUGGCCUGUCCCAAUACUCCCGAAAUGCCGCGGCGGGGAAUCAAGAGUGCUCCGAGGGUAGCUCCCGGGUCCGGCAAUCGAAACACCCGGCAGUCUAUGCCCAGGGAAACAAGCCUCAGUCGACUGGCGCAACAGGUGCCCAGUUCCUUGGCCAAUGCCAAGAAGCAGCUGCUCCAAACCGCAAAUGCUGGCGUCAACUCAAAUGCUAGGGAACAGCGUGUGCAACCCAAGUACCUGGACAUCUCCAAGUACAAGUCGGCGCAGUCCAACAAUUUCCUGCGCAAGAACGAUGCCAAGAGCACGCUGAAGCCGGCAGAUCAAAUGAAACGAAGUCCCAGUGCCUCCUCCAUGGGUUUGAGCCGCGGCGAGGGCACGAGGGCCAGUAACCGGAGUGUGCGCAGCGCUGCCUCGGCGAUGAACACCAGUACUACCUCGCUGGGUGGCGGAAAUCCGGGAUCACGAAACUCGUCAGCCAUGCGUCGCGAUGCCUCAGUUAACAAGCAGAAGGAGGCUGAAAUGGCCAUGUGGAAGCGUCGAUCCACUUAUGAUCCCAUGAAGGCGGCCGCCGAGGAUCGCCGCAAGAAGGAAGAAGCGCGACGUGCACAAAGCGAAGCUCAGAGACAGAUCAACGAUGAGGUCGAUGAAAUGCCCUUUGAGAGUGUGCUGCGCCCAGCCAACAAUUUGACCAUCACGAGCGGGGCCAACAGCUACAGCCCGCGAAACUCCGUGGAAAACGACGCCUGGACGCUUGGUGAGUCCUCAGAGUUCGGGGAGUACCCCGAUGACUACGACGAGAACGAUGAGGUGGAAGGCGACGAGGAGGUCGACUACGUGGGCCAGGAUUCCGACGACGUUUUUGAGGCGGACUCCGGCGAGGCUGCGAUCCAGGGCGCACAGUAGGCCACCUUACACAAUACGCAAACCAGCAACAGUGAUAAAUAAUUCGAUAUAUACAUAACUAUAUAUAUGUAUAACAUAUUGUAUUCUUAACGAUUGAUGAUGCGACGUAGGCAUACCCCUUACCAGAGUUGAUAAAAUAUCAUUAAUAGAUUAGCUGACAUGAUUUUCCCCAGGCUUGUUGAACUUAUUUGAAUGGAGUUUAUAAUUUGAAAACCGAAAAUCAUCGAAUAAUCCAAUAAACUGAAUAUGCUAAAGUUACUCACUGCUGAUCUGUCCAAUUGCCAUAGCAGAAACGUUUUUUAAAUGUUCAAACUAGGGAAGUUCUAAACUAAACAUUCAAAAAUCAUCUGCUUGAGCUUCUUUAAAGGCUAAGAUUCAAAAUUAUUUUUCAACUUAUGGAAUAUGUUUCGAAUAGAUAUUCUAACAAUGUCGGCUAUGGUGCAAUGACUUUAAGAUAAUUGAAAAAAUACUCAGAUGUAUUCUUGGCUGAGAGAAGGGUUAGAAGGAGAACGACUUUAAGCCGAGCCGAAAUGACUGCAAUCAAGUGCUAAACGAAACAAUGUAAUUUUAAGAAUUGCUGACCCAAAAGAUCGGGCAAACUGACCAAGAGGAAUUGAAUUGUUUGGUAAUGUGAGCUAAAUUGAAUAAGUUCGAAACCAGCCCUUUCUUUGCCCAAAUGCGAUUACUGGGAGCAGGCCAAGGAAUUAAAUUGUUUUCGGUACGAAUUUGUAGUUACUCAUGUACGAACUCAUGUCUGUAGGUUUUUAUAUAUACACAUUUGCGAACACUCGAUGGAAAGUAGGAGGGCACAACAAAUUACGAUACGGUCUAGUUUUAUAUUUGCCUACAACACACUAGCUGAGUACGUCUUAUACAGACCUAGAUUAGUACUAUAUAAAUGGAGCAUAUGUGGUAUUCGCUUUUAAACCAACCAAAUUGUAACAUAUUUAUCAUUUGCAACAGAAUAAUGUCAACUAUAUUGCAGUGGUGGCGGUGUCCAUAUAGCAACUGCUCCCUGGAUAUCAGUGGAUUUGAGUUACUUUUAACAACCAUCUAUUGUAUCUUUACAGCAGCCGGUAUUUUUAAUAUUAAUCCAAAUGCCCAAGUCAGCCUAAGCAAUAGACAAUAUACUAUAAACAAAGACUUUUUCUGAACAGUUUCAAAUGUCCAACAAAAGGUUCCAGGAGCAGUUGCCCGGUUUUAAAAAUGAUUAUUUAAUACGAGUAUAUAUUUUAAAAUAAUUAAAUUGUAAUGCAAGAACACUAAACAUCAGCUGUCUAAAACAUUUUUAAAAUUUGUAUAUUUUAAGUAUUUAAAGAAAGCAUUGUUUUUCGUAGUGUCCUAUUUCUUGUUAUUUUAUUUCUCCAAUAAUUUUAGAUAACCAAAAUAAACGAUGACAAAAAUAAACAAAUUUGAAGGAACAGAA